AUGGCUUCGCGAGCUUUCGCGCUCGGUUUCAACGCGCGGCUCGGUCGUCUCGGCGAAGGUGGUUGGUCGGCCACCUCGACCACGAUUUGGGGCUGCGCCUCCGCCGCCAUCUUGCAGUCCCUCGGCAGUGCCGCCCGACUUUCACAAAAGCUUCCUGGUCUCGAUCGCCUCUCGCCGAUGAACCUCUCCCUUAUUUUUCGAAUGCUCGUUCCGGUGGUGGUCUUGGUGGUCGGAAGGAUUGGUCUGACUUCUACAUGUCCCUCACCGUUUUCCACCCCUUUUCACGCCUCCCGGCGGAAUUACGUUGGCAAAUAUACCUCUUGGCAACGCAGCCCCGUUUUGUGCACCUGCGAGUUGAGUCCCUCGUUGAGCGGAACGAACAUGAAGAGGACGAAGCGGGACGAAGAAGAUGAUGACCUCACCGACUUCGAACUCUUCGCCGCCCACCUGGCCCCCUGGAACCUGAUUCUCGGAUCCCUCUCUCACUUACUUUGCCCACGACUGGGCGCAACCGCAUCCGACUUCGAGACGACACCCCCCGCUCAGCAUGGUGCUUCCAACCCCGCAACCCAGACCCGCGCAACCCAGACGCUGCUCACCGCGUACGGCUUCAGCACCACCAAGCCGCGGCCCCAGCCCUGGCCGCCAACCCAACAACACCCCGAAAUCCCGCCCCACCUGCUCUACACCCAGCCCAAAGCCGCCUGGCAAAUGACGCGGCCGCUCGCGCUGUACAGCGCCGCGCCCAUCCCACCCCUCCUGCACACGUGCGCCGAGUCCCGGCAGGUGCUGAUGCGGCACGGCUACGAGCUGGCCUUCCGGACGCGCAGCGCGGGGCCCCGCACGUGGUUCUGCUUCCGCGACGACACGCUGUACCUGCCGCAGCUGGCCCGCGACUGGGACGACGGGGAGUGGUAUGACAAUACCGGCGAGGACGGCGAAAACCCCGGCCCCUGCGACCUGCACCCCGACGACCUGGUCCGCGUGCGCCGCCUCGCCUUGGAGGCCGUCUACGUCGGGGGGUACCGCUCCGACACGUCGCGCACGCUCCGCCUGUGCCCUAACGUGCGCGAGUUGUUUGCGGUGCAGGGGCGGGUGUCUCGGGAGGAGCGCAAAGAGCUCUUGUACGGGUGCAGUGCGGCUGCGCGGGAGGAGAUUGAAAGGGCGGAGAACGGUGGCAACGACGAUGAGCUGUGGGAAUGGAUCGAGUGUGAUGAAGCCGAUGCCGCGCCGCGCGCCUGGUGGGGGCCGGACCGGAAACAGAUGACCUGUGGCGUUGGGCUGUAUUGUACCGGCGAGGACGGCGAGAGUCUCUUGCGAUGGAAGAGGGCGCACGGCGGCGACUCGACUGGCUACUUUGAGGGGUAUGUCACGUACGUGGAGGCUAGGUUGAGACAGGAGCUCGAAGAAGUCCUCCAGGCGGAAAGGGGCGAAGUCAAGCCCUGGAAUAUACCGAGCGUUAAGCUAGUGAUUGUUGGAACACGGGUCUCCAUCAAGGCGGUGUACAAGGCCCGGGAACGGUACUGGUUGGCGCUCCAAGAAGAAGAGGAACAAGAACAAGAGCGUGGAGUCUCACCGUCGAAUUGGGGACAAGAAAGAAGCUACCUAGCGAGGCAGGACUUCCCCCAUUCCAACCUUCCCUCCACUCGCCGCCAUGGGAUUCUCACCCCGCCAAACCCGCCUCCAAAGACGGCAAUUCCUCCUCACACAAACCCCAACACCCAUCGAACCCAGCCCCGCAACCAAACCACCACCACCACAAGAAACAGUCAACAACAACACCCCCCCUCCAACUGCACCUCCCCCCAUCACCCCCCUCCCCACGCGCCUCACCCGGCACCCACACCAACCUCUCCCCUCAAAGACCACGCCCUCCUCCUCACCAAAACAAACCCGCCUCCCGCCUCCAACCCCCAACAACCCCCCCCCACAACCCUCCCCGCAACCCUCAUCUUCGCCCACUUCCAAGCCGGCACCGCCGUCUGCAUCCACCCCUCCGGCCUGCUUCUCACCUGCGCGCACUGUGUCGCCGAGACCGAGGCCGAGCUCGACUUGGCACAGUCCCACGUCCUGCUGUUUGUGUUGUCGGGGGCGGUUGUGAUCGCGCGGUGUGUGGCGUGGGAUGGAAAGAGGGAUUUGGCGCUGUUGAGGGUUGAGGGCGCGCAGGGGGGGGCGGGGUUGGAGGGUGGGCAGGAUGGGCGGUUCCCGGCCAUUGAAGUAGGGGAUCGGCCGCCCGCGCUCGGUGCGAGGCUGGUGUGUACAGGGCAGCCGGGGAGUGAGGAUUUGGAGUGUGAGGAGGCGGGGUUGGAGACGGGGUAUGAGGUGGUGUGUGUGAGUGAGGGCCGGUUUCGCGGGUAUGCAGAGGGGCAGGAUGUGCAGGAUAAUGAGGAGAUUGGGGCGCUGAUGCAUACGUGUUGGACGUAUUGGGGUCAUAGCGGCGCGCCUUUGGUGGAAAUUGGGAAGACGGCGCGGAUGGGGGGAAUGUUGGUCGGUUUGCAUAGUUCGUGGGAUGAGGAGACGGGGAUGAGGAGGGGGGUGGGGGUUGAGGCGAUUCGAGAGUUUUUGAAAGGGAGGGUGCCUGGCCUGGAGUGA